UUUGUUUUCUUUAGUGCUGAAACGGGGCGAAGUAAUAGCCACCGGUCAAUAAUUAUAUUCUGACUGGCCGGUAAACAUCUUAAAAAUCAGUCUUGUUGGAUCUAGAUUAUUCGCCAGAUUCGCUUGUCAACCCGACGUUAACUAUGAUAAAACAUAUUUGAGGCCGUUUUUGGAGCUGAUCAACACACCUUGUGAACAAAGUGAAAAUGGAACGAUUUAUGAAGAUGACGAAUAUUCUUUGGUGGAUAAAGAUGGCGUCAGUGUUUCUGAUGAACAGUUCACGAUUAGAUGGAGCAUUAAUUUGCACUCCACCAUGUUUGUUGGUAUCAAACACAACUGAUAUAGUAGCAGUGGACUAUGGAAAAGCACAGGUAAACUCAAUGAUUCUAAGCCUUACAAGAGCUGUUGCCUUAGACGUCCAUUUAAGCUUGGGCUUCAUAUUUUGGAGUGACGUGACGGAACUGAACAUCAAACGAUUUCGGAUUGAUGUGGAAAGCACGACUACAGUUAUUACCAAUAUUGGUUUCUGCUAUGGACUAGCUGUUCAAUGGAGGACAUCUCAGUUGUAUUGGACUGAUACAACGUAUAAUAGUAUAUCGGUAUCAGACUUGGAUGGAAACAACCAACUUACUUUAAUCUCUUCGGCAUUGGAAGAGCCCAGAGCAAUAGCCCUUGAUCCGGACAGCGAUGCAAUGAUUUGGACUGACUGGGGAAGCAAUCCAAAAAUUGAAAAAGCUUCCUUGAGCGGACAGCAAAGAGUCGCCAUCGUAACAACAGAAGUCUACUGGCCGAAUGGAAUUGACCUCGACAGAGGAGGCAAAAGAGUCUAUUGGGUAGAUGCCCGUUAUGACAGAGUGGAAUCGGUUGACUACAAUGGUAACAACAGGAAACUGCUAUUUCAGAUGCAAGGAUUACAUCCAUUCGGAGUGGCGUUGAUCCCUCCUUUCCUGUUCUUUACUGACUGGGCGACACACAGGGAGUUUCACAUGCUAGACGCUACAACCGGAGAGGUACUAAAAAGUUUCAGUAUUAAUGGUGGGCAACCUAUGGGAAUUGUUGCAUACGACAGCGGGCGGCAACCAGCAGCUUCAGGUCCUUGCUCUGUAAACAAUGGAGGAUGCAGUCAUUUCUGUGUUCCUAAGGCGUCCAACUAUGAAUGCGUGUGUCCUACAGGCCUAGCAGUAAAGCAAGAUGGAAAGACAUGUGAAGAAAAAGUAAAGAAGUUCAUUCUUUUUGCUGACGCCGACGACAAAUCAACAAAUAUCAUUUCACUGGAUGUACGCUACUUCGUUGCUCAAACACUAUUCAACCAUGUAGGAAAUCAGCGUCCUAUCGCUUUGGACUAUGACCCUGUCGAAGAUCGCGUGUACUGGUCGGAUGUUGCUCAAGGUCUAAUCGCGAGCGUUUUCACCAAUGCAACUUCAUUGAAGAUUCUUUUUCGUUGUAAUAUCCUACGCCCUGAUGGUUUAGUAAUUGAUCAUUUAGCACGGAACAUUUACUGGACUGAUACUGGAACUAAUAGAAUUGAAGUAGCGCGUCUUGACGGAUCAGGGAGGAGAGAAUUGAUCAAUACUGGACUUGAUGAACCGAGAGGCAUUCUAUUGGAUGAAAGAAAUGGUAUGAUGUAUUGGACGGACUGGGGCGCCAAUCCGAAGAUAGAGAAAGCAGAAAUGGAUGGCUCAGGUAGAAGGUCCAUCGUUACAGGAAAUCUAGCCUGGCCAAACGGACUUACCCUCGACCAGGCUACAAACCGUUUGUUCUGGGCAGAUGCGAAACUAAAAAUUAUAGAGAUGUCUGAUCUUGAUGGAGGAAACCGACAGACUGUUUUACCAUCUACAGCUGGAAUUCAUCCUUAUGGAUUAACAAUCUAUCAGGACAUUAUUUACUGGACAGACUGGAAUAGCCAGAGUGUUACAAGUUAUAAUGCAACUAGUGGUCAGAUGAACAUCGUGAUUCCUGAUCUACAGAAGCCGAUGGACAUUCACGUCUUUGAUCCUUCCUUGAUUCUCUCAGGCUCGCAUUCUUGCUCGCAAAACAAUGGCAAGUGCAGUGGUUUGUGUCUUGUAAAGCCAGGAGGAUACCAGUGCGCAUGCCCGACGGGAAUUGCUCUUAAGGAGGACGGAAAAAAUUGCGACUAUGAUUUGUUCCUUAAGACAAGCGGCGAACUUUAUUUGCUCUUCGCCGAAGCGGAUCAUGGUGAAAUUUACAAGGUUCCUUUAGCAGUGGCGAACACACCUUGCCAUCUGCUUCAAAUCAACAUUAAUAUCUCCAGGCCCGUGGCUGUUGACUACGACCCAAUUGAGGGUAAAAUCUAUUGGACAGAUGUGACCCUGAAGCUGUUGGCAAGAGCAUUUCCAAACGGAUCUUCAGUUGAGGUCAUAGCGGACACUGACGUGAUAACACCAGAUGGCCUUGCAAUCGAUUACAUUGGAAGGAUUCUCUACUGGACUGAUACUGGAACUAGUAAACUUGAGGUAGCACGGCUAGACGGAUCAUUUCGGAAAAGCCUUAUCACAACAGGGAUUGAAAAGCCAAGAGCUAUAAUUCUAGAUAUACCUGAGAGGCAAAUGUACUGGAGUGAUUGGGGAUCAACACCAAAGAUUGAGCAAGUUAACAUGGACGGGUCAGCCAGGAAAAUCAUUGUAAGCUCUGGACUUGUGUGGGUUAAUGCACUUGCUCUGGAUUCGCAGAAUAACCUGUUGUAUUGGUGCGAUGCACAACUUGAUAAGAUAGAAAGAGCAAACCUUCAAGGAAAUAACCGAGAACUAGUUCUUGAUUUGUCUUCUUACAACCAUCAUCCCUUUGGACUUUCCUUGUCUGGUGACACUCUCUACUGGUCUGACUGGAGCAAUCAGAGUAUUCAUAGCUAUAAUUUGACAUCUUCUCAAAGUGACGUGUUGGUGUAUGGAAUGGGAAGGCCGAUGGACGUGCAUGUUUAUGAUCAAACAAAAACAUUCACAGGAUCAACAAGUUGCUCUAAAGUCAAUGGAGGCUGUAGUCAUCUUUGCCUUCCAAAUCCGAGUGGACAUCAAUGUUUUUGUCCAGAAGGAGUUCAGCUGAAGCCUGGUGAUGCCCUCAUCUGUGAAGGAGUGAACCGUUGUCAACAGCUGUAUGCCCCGCCACAUGGAAGUCUAGAGCCCUGCUCUAGUUUGCCAGGACAAACCUGUGAGUUUUCUUGUAACAAAGGGUACAUUUUGACGGGAUCAACCACAAGAACAUGUAACAGUGAUGGAACUUGGACAGGAACUCCGACUCAAUGUAACGCUGUUACGUGCUCUGCUCUGCCAGAACCGUCCAAUGGCUUUCGGCUGAGCUGUACAGGGACAACAUUAGAAUACUUCAAUACAGUAUGUUCUUUCUUCUGCUCUCCUGGAUUCGACCCAAUCGGCUCUGCUUCUAGAAAGUGUCUUGAAAACGGGACCUGGAGUGGUCAGGACUUCUUCUGCCAAGUCAUAACAUGUCCAACUUUGAUCAUCCCGCCGAAAGGUGUGCUACUGACCUCUGCUUGCAACAACACGUAUGGUUCAAAUUGUGUAUUUGGCUGUGAAAGUGGUUAUAGGAGUGCCAACGGAAAUGUCACAAGAACAUGCCUACAGAGCAGUCUGUGGAGUGGGAAUAACAUCAACUGUACAGAUAUUCUUCCUCCAUCAUUUGAUGUCCCAUGUCCAGCCAGUCCUUUGGUAGCGUAUGCAGAACGUGAAACGUUUUCCGCGGAAGUGAAUUGGACGGUACCAACGGCGACUGACAACUCAGGAUUCAAACCGUUUAUAAACUCUAAUUACCAUCCACCCGGGAGAUUUCGCCAAGGAACUUACAUCAUUACAUACUCUGCAGCAGACCAAUCAGGAAACAAAGCCACUUGCAGCUUCACCAUAGAAGUAAUAGUAAUCAAUUGCACAUCACUUAUGGUAGACAUAGGGGGUCCCUUGCGCAUGGGAAGUUGUAGUAAUCAUUAUGGAGCGCGCUGUGAAUUUUCCUGUGCCAGUGGUUAUCGUUUGAAUGGUUCAUCAGAUGUUACAUGUGUUGCCCAGCGUGAUAGACCUCCAGGUGUUUGGGACAACCCUGUACCUAUCUGUCAAAGGAUAAGAUGUCCUUCUCUUUCCAUUCCAACAAACGGAGGUGAGAGGGGCUGUGGUGACUCACUGUCCGAACUUUAUGACACGCAAUGCAGUUUUUACUGUAACGCUGGUUACAUCCUGGUUGGAUCGUCUGUCAGGCGAUGUCUAGAGAACGGGACCUGGAGUGGAGAAACGUCCUUAUGUCUGAUUAUCACGUGCAGUCCACUUGUUCCACCAACUGAUGGUUCGAUUUCCCCACCAUCUUGCUUAUCGAUAAGUAACUACAGCCAGACCUGCAGAUUAACUUGCUCUCGACCGGGAUACUCUCCGUAUGGGACCUCAUCGAGAACAUGUGGUAAAGACGGACAAUGGACAGGUUCAAACGACACACGAUGCAAGGACACAACACCUCCUUCUUUCAACAAUUCUUGUCCAGAGAAUAUGGUGGUCUAUACUCCUGAAUGCUCAUCCAGUGCUUUGGUGAUAUGGAAUGAACCAAUUGCUGAUGACAAUUCUGGUCAUGUGAUUGUUACCUACCCUUCCAUUCGAUCGUCAGCUCAACUGGGAAUUGGUCUCUAUUAUAUAAUGUAUUCAGCUUCAGACGCAGAAGGAAACAGAGCUAACUGCACCUUCGUGGUGCAAGUUGCAAGGAAAUCCUGCAUUACACUGCAACCACCAUCACAUGGAAAUUUGAGCCUUUCCUGUGGAUUUUCAUUUGGUUCCCAAGCUAAUUUUACUUGUGACAGGGGAUAUCAAUUAAUCGGGUCUCGAGAGCGUUUUUGCAAAGAAGACGGUUCUUGGUCAGGAAACACCACCACAUGUAACAUUGUGAGGUGCCAAGCCAUUGAGCCUCCAUCUCACGGAGCUGUUUUUCCAAAUCCGUGCAGAUCAGCUUCUGGUGUUCAUUAUAAAACCCAGUGCUUCUUAUCGUGCGACGAUACCCCUGGUUACCGACUGGAAGGCGAAAGUAGCGUAUCCUGUCUUGAAAGUGGAUCGUGGAGUGCAGAUGUUACAAACACGAUUUGCAAGGACUUCCAACCUCCCAGCAUUCAAUGCCCACCUAACCAAGAACUACCCACAGAAACUGGCCAAUCAUACGCAACAGUGACGUGGGAGGUACCAGUCCCCUCCGACAACUCCAACAUGUCACUAAGUCUGAAAGGUUUGCGCCCACCACAUCAGUUCUAUGUUGGUAGAGAUUAUGUUCGAUAUGAAGUCACAGACACCGCUGGAUUGUCAACAGGCUGUACAUUUUCUAUUCACGUCAAAGAUGUAGAACCUCCGGUCAUCGUUUCUUGCCCUGACGAUAUCUUCCUUUCGUCUGGAAAGAGGGAAAAUACGAUCUUUUUUCCUGGAGUCAUUACAACGGAUAAUGUGGGAGUGUUCUCCAUCUUAACCAGCAGGCCGAAUGGAAGCGAAUUCACUUGGGGCGAGCACAAUAUAACCUUUACUGUAACAGAUAAAGCAGGAAAUGUUGCCGAAUGCAAUUUCAAAGUUAUUAUUACCGAUAAAUCAUGCCCUGAUCUACCACCACCUGAGAACGGCGCCAAGGCUUGUGAGAUGUGGCUGACCGGGGUGUUCUGUACCGUGCAUUGCAAUGAAGGUUACGGGUUCAUUGAAGAACCGGAAGACGUGUAUUUCUGUACUCCAGGAGGAACAUGGAGGAACGCAUUUGUAAAUGGCCAAAAAGCACCUGCUUUUCCAGACUGCUCAAAGACGUACAUGCCGAAAGAGGCCAUGGUGAAUGGAGACCUACAUUACCUAGUUGAUGCAUGUGGCGACGAAGCAAUGAGCGAAGUUAUCGCUAGCAACUUCAUACAGCUAUUUCAGAACUCAGUUUUUGGUAUCGCUGGAGCCUGUAAUAGUCAGUGCACAAUCGAUAAUGUCGAGGUUGAAUGUGGAGAAACAGGGACACGCAGGAGAAGAGAAACGCCCAGAGUUCCUCUUACGGUGCGUUUUGCUUUGAAAGUUCCUCUACCAGCCAACGCUUCCUUGGUUGACCUGAAUGAAACCGCAGAACUACUAUCCAAUAACUUGUUAUCAACAUUAAACGAAACUGACCUUAAUCUGAACAUCAGUGCAAUAGUUAUAAAGUAUGACACUUCGAGAGCACCACAGCUUCGCCUUGUGAGUCUCAUUUGUGGCAAAGGACAAGUUCAAAGAGGAACCCAGUGCGUUAACUGUCCACUUGGCUUUUACUUUACCGACAACGAUUGUCGAGCAUGCCCAGAAGACCAAUACCAGGACCAAGAAGCGCAGAACUCUUGUGUACUGUGUCCAUCUGGGACGGUAACCGUUGGAAAAACAGGAUCAAAAUGGCGAAAAAAUUGCCAAGAAAUUGCAAGUAUAUCCAGUGAUGAACAACAAGGCGGCUUAAAGCCAGUAAUUCUUUAUUCAAGUAUUGCAGCAGGAUCUGUACUGUUUAUUAUUUCCCUGAUUAUCAUGGCCAUCUUCUGCGUAAAGAAACAUCGUCAGACAGCCUCUGACCGGGGUAUAGAUAUGGGGUAUGGUAAUCCCGUAUACCAAUCUGCCGGAGAUGACCCUCAAGUCGAUGAACCUGUCUAUAUGGAGAUCGAUGUUUCUAGACUACGUACCUGCAAUGAUUUGCCGUUAGAGAACAAUACGGACUACUUCGCGUUAAGUGAGGUACAUCAAAAUGAUUACGAAAGACUUGAAUUCACUUACUCUGAGGCAUGAAAGAUCCGGAGAAGAAUAGCGUUCUAGAACAUAUCGCCUUAAUAAGAACAGAUGCUAUCCUUAGAGACAUUAAUUGAUGUAAUUUGAGAAUAAGCAUACCUAUUCCUGUAGUGAAGUGCUUUGGAGACACUCAAAGGAACAUGUGAUUUUAAGGCACUUUAGUUUUCUCAGUAUGGAGCAAUAGAAUAUUUUAGCGGAAGUAAACAUUUUUUGAAAAAGACUUAGGUCGCUUUUUCUUACUGCUUUUGCUCCAAAAAAAGAAAAGAAUGCAAUCAGCGUAAUAUUCUAAAGCUAAAAAUAAAAGAACUGUACGAUACACCGAUGGUAGUGAAACUCCAGCCAUUUUUAGAAACAUAUUUCAUAAAGACUGCAAAACAUCAGUUGUAAGGCGAAGCGUAACAGAAUGGCGAGGGGUUAAACAUGGUAGUCAAUUUACUCGGUGCAACUCAAGCAGGCUAAAGCCCCAAUUAAUGAGUUGGUCUAUAUAUUUCUAGUUUAGGUGCAACUAGACAUAGUUAUAACCUGCGUCUGACACUUGCUCCUUAAAUCAAUGGAGCAUAUCAGAAUUAGCUGCAAAUAAGGAAAGAUGCAAAGGGAAAAUAAGAGAUCGGACGUUUUGUGCAGGUGUCUUUUGUUUAUUAUUGUCUUUUUUUUUUCAUUAAAUAUGAUUUGAAAACCUUUUUCCAAAAUAAAACAAUUUUAAGAGGCAGGUUUUCUUCAAUCUACGCAAUAAUUUGUUUACGACCUUACCACUGAUGUCAAUAACUUGUUAUACCUUGAUAUCAAAUGUGAGUAAGAUAUGAUAAAUUUCUCCGGGUUUUUCUCCCUAAGGUGUCCAUUUCACGAUUAAGCAGGAAUCUGAAGCUAU